AUGACAACUUCUUUGUUCUUAAUUACCUGCAUUAUUCUUGCUUUUUGUUCUUUUGUCUCGUCAUCACAAGAAUUUAAACUUAGUUCUAAAACUUCCAUAAUAGUUAGUUCUAAGGAAGAAGAAUUUUAUGGAGCUUCCGGCCAAAAAAACCGGUCACCACCAUCACAUUUUCUAACUAUUGAUCAACAAGAUCCACAGACCCGGUAUGUAAUGAAUUUAAAAGACGUUGACCAAAAUAAAAACGUAAUGAGAUUUUAUGGCGUUACAAAAGAACCUUCUAAGAAGUAUUACUCUAUGGUGUUUCAGCAGCAAUGCUAUGGUGAAAAUCUUAAGGAUUAUUUAGAAAAUAAAAAUAAUAUUGAAAAAAUGGAUUGGACUCUUAAAAUAAAAAUAGCUGCAGAUAUUUCCAAUGGCUUAGUAGAAUAUAUCCAUAAAGCAAAUAUUGUACACCGUGUUUUGUGUCCAAAAUACAUAUUAGAUCAUGAUGGCACAUUUGUGAUUAUAGGAUUUAAUCAAUCCGUGUCUCUUGAUCAUCUUUCCGAACUUGACGAUCUUAAAGAAAUAUCUGAUCCUGGGGAUAAUAUUUACGUGGAUCCGAUGUGUUCUAACGCUGAUUAUAAAUACGACAAAUCUUCAGAUAUUUACAGCCUUGGAUUGAUACUAUGGCAAAUAUCUAGUGGCAAAAUCCCUCAUGAGAAAAAUAAGGAAAUUCCAGUCAAUUCAACUCCAAUAGAUUACAUAGAGCUUUAUGAAAGUGCAUGGAGCAACGAUCCUAAAAAACGACCAUCAAUUGAAGAGAUCGCUCGAAGCCUUGGAGACAUUGAUAUUAACCAUUUAUAUCAAGAUUCUGAUUAUAUUCCAAAUGUUUACCUUAAGAGAAAUAAUGCUCCGUCAAAGAAAGAAGCUUGUUUAUUUAUUAAUAAAGGUUUAUAUGAAGAAACCCCAUAUCUCUUCCUUACCCAAAAUGAAACAUUUGUUGGAAGAACUGAAUCAAAUCAUAUUAUUAUAAAAGAUCAAGAACUUGGUAAACAGCAUGCAAAAAUUAAAAGUUUUCAAGGAAAAGUCGAAAUUUUCGAUUUGGGAUCUAAAUCUGGGAUUUAUGUAAAUGAUAAAAAACUCGAAUUUCGAGCUUCUCAAACUUUAGAAAAAGACGAUUUAAUUAAAUUAGGAAGAGCAGUUUUCCAAUACCUUCCCGCUGGAAAAUAUGAGAACCGUAUGGAUAAACUUUUACCCGUUUACAACACGGAUUAUUUGCGGAAAAGCUUGGAAAAUGAAUUCGAAAAUGCUAGAGAAAAUAAACAAAGUUUGAGUUUUUUGUUUUUUGAUGUGGAUAAAUUCGGAGAAAUCAAUAAACAACAUAGCCAUGAAUCUGGAGUCCACAUUUUAAAAGAAUUGUCCGAGUUAAUUAAAAAUGAACAUAUUGGUCCUAAGGAUAUUUUUGCACGAUAUGGUGGAGAUGAAUUUACUAUUCUUCUUAAUAAUACUACUGAUGCAAAAUCGGCCUCUGAAAUUGCUGAAAAAAUUUGA